AUGCCACAGGGAGACUGCAAGUUUCUGAUGCCAAUGGGAAUUGUUGAUAGGGAAGAUGAACUGGAAAUAUCUCCCUAUGAUGACACGCUAAUGGAUACUCGCAUGGCCUCCUUAGUGGCAGCCUCAUCUUUCAUGCAGCUGGAUGGUGAGAACCAUUGCCUGAAAGCAGCACAGGACUGCGGCUUGUACGAGAAGUGUGGUUCUCUGCGAUCAGAGUACGUCCUGGCCUGCACCAAACGGGUGCCUGGGACUAACCGAUGCAACCAGAACAAGUGCCACCGGGCCCUGCGACGUUUCCUGGAACGCGUGCCCGAGGAGUACAGCCUGGGUGUGCUGUUCUGCCCCUGCACCAACACCCUGUGUGGUGAGAGAAGGAGGAAAACCAUCGUACCCUCCUGCUCCUACCAGGAGAUGGAGGGCCUGCAGCCACACUGCCUCCACCAGCAGAGCUUCUGCCGCCGAGAUGACCUCUGCAGGUCCAGACUGGCUGAUUUCCUUAAUAACUGCCAGCCAUCUCCUGUGACGGCCAGCGGCUGUCUAAAAGACUCAGCAGGCCUGUGCCUCCGAGCCUACGCUGGACUCAUCGGUACCAUCAUGACGCCCAACUACAUCAGCAACAGCUCUGCAGACGUGUCACUGUGGUGCAACUGUGAAGGCAGUGGCAACCAGUGGCAGGACUGUCUGAGACUGCAGCGCAUGUUCACCAACAACAACUGCCUGCGUAACUCUAUCAGUUGGAUGGGGAGCCCCGGCUCCAUGCCCGCAGACAUCACCCGCCCUCCUCCUCCAAGACCCUCCCCACUAGUACAGGAGGAUGAGCUGCUGAGCAACAACCACCUGCCUGAACACAACAACAUUGUGGUGGAGAGUGAGGAAGACGAAGAACUGACACAGACGGAGGAGGAGAGCAAUGAAGGUGGCCAGUUUGACGUCAUCCCGCUGUACUCAGAGAGGGCCACCGUCUCCAACCUGGGCUCCACCGAUACAGGGGGGGCUGCCGCCUUUAUCACUGGCCCUCCCAAACCCAUACUACUGCUCCUUCUGCUUCUGUCCACCUCCCUCAGCUGGGGCUAGAACAGAGGAUGUAGAGAACACACACACACACACACACACACGUACAUGCAUAUGCACACACUCAAAUAUUGGACUUGCCAACAAUCCUGGACUGAUGGCUGUAAUAUUAUAGGAAGCAUUGUGAAGAAAUGGACUUCAGAUUUUGUCAGUAGCAUCCCCUUGAUUCCUCACGUCUGUCCUUGCCUCCUUACUUUCCUCCUUUGAAAAUGGCACUUUGUUCAACAUGGUCCGACUGCAGCUGCAGUGGUGUACUAAUGUCCCAGGAGCACAGGAGACAUGGUUGUGGUAGGGUGUUCACAUGGAGCCAUCAACCAAUGAGCAUAAUGUAGCUGUUCCUGUCGUAAG